ACUAGCAUGUGAGAGGACUCUACUAGUUGUAAAACUUGUCAGUCUUAGGACGUAGCUCGUCGAGUACUACUUGUAGGAAGUUGCUAAUCGACACGGCGGAGGUGAAAAUCCCAGUUGCAUUCUGUUCUAGUAGCCUCACCUAGAAGAGCUUCUGAGGAGGAGGAGAUUACUGGGUAGACUACUUGUAAGGACGAUGAUGAAGUUUUGGUCUAUAAUUCAGGUUCGAGAAUAAACGGAAAGAUAGCUACUAUAAGCAAUUUUGUGCCGAUUCGAAAAAUGGAGGUCUCGUCUGCGCGGCGUAAGGAGGUCCUCGCUGCAGGGGAGAACCGGAAAUCGGCGAAAGAUGCGACGAAACCGGUGGCCGCACUCCUGCAGUUUCAGCUAUUGCUUUACUGCAACGGCUAUUUCGCGUACAUGUUUCUGAUUCUGACCUUCGUUUAAGGCUCGAGACAAUUCAUUUCCAGGGGCAUUUUCUUCGGUUUCCUUCUCGGGACUCUAGAGAAAUUAAGGGAAGACAGGAUGAAUUGCUUUGAGCUCUAAUUCGUCUUGCUGAUGUACAAGAAAUCCGUCUUCGACUACGCGAGUGGGCGCGUCGAGCGAGAGGCACUGCUGCUUUUUCUGUACAUUCCUACGCGAGCAAGUAGGAGCUUUUUCGGAGAAAACGCAUAUCGAUUCGACAAUCCCAUGAAACGGAAUCUAUUUUUUGUGUUCUUUGGCUUUUUGACGCUACCUCUGGUUAUGUUCCACGGCUAUUGGAUGCAGAACCAAAGCUACGUCUUACGGUUCGAUGAGGCGCUGAACGCGAUGGCGAUAGGAGUACUACUAGUCCUCCUAACUCCUACUAUGUAUUUAGUUUCGGUGCUUUUGCUUUUGUUCAUCUUUCUAUCACGUGAUUAAAAGCGCCGAGCGUCUCCAUCAUAAGUAUGGCAGAGUUGACUACAAAAGUAGGUGGGAACUUACUAAAAGUACGAGAUUUUUUAUUGCAAAUUAUUUGUAUUGCAGAGCCUCCUCAGCUGGUAACAAAUCACACAGGUGGCACUAACUGACAUUUCUUCUUCAACAACAGCUACUCCUCCUGGAAGUGUUAUUUGGCACCGUUGAGGCGAUGCUGAUGUUGCCCAAUUCACGGAUAGACGAGUUAAGCUGCAUAAUUCGGAUAGCUGUUGUUAAGACUUAUCCUAAUCCAUCUUCCGCAGCAUCUUGGAGCUGUUCCACAAGACAAAAAAAACAGCUCCAAGACGAAUCUCAAGAUGGACUUGAGUGAGCUCGAAUGUAGUCGGCGCCUUGAACCUGAUGGUUUUGACAAUAACACUUGCCGUGGGGCAAGAGAUGUUGCCAGAUAAAGAGGAUUACGCUGUUAAAUGAAGUUACAUUAUAAUAUGGAAAAUGCUCAAAAUAAAAUGAUACAACAAAUAGCUGCACAUCAGCAGGGAGGACAG